AUGGACCCCAGUCUCAAGCUAACCCCUUUCCCUCUGCCUCCAGACCUCCACCCCUCCCUUUCCAGGGUUAAAGCUGCUGCCCGUUGCCGAGCUCAGCUUCUCUACCUCGAGUACACAUGUGAACAGCGAGGUUGCUGCUGGAAUCCUCAGGGAACCAUCAAUACACCCACGUGCUACUAUUCCAAGAGUCAUGGCUACCAGGCUGAAGCUGACCUCGUGAGCACCAAGGCAGGGUUCACAGCUGAGCUGCGGAGGCUACAAUCCUCAUACCUGUUUGGAAGCAGUGUCGACAGUGUCCUUCUCACGGCAGAAUACCAGUCAUCCAACCGAUUCCACUUUAAGUUUACCGACCAGAACAAGAACAGGUAUGAAGUUCCCCAUGAGCACGUGAAACCCUUUGACGGAAUCGCUGCUUCUUCCUUGACCUACAGAGUGGAAGUCUCCAAGCAGCCAUUCAGCAUCAAAGUGAUCCGGCAGAGCAACAACCGUGUUCUGUUUGACUCAAGCAUUGGGCCCCUCCUCUUCGAUGAUCAGUUCCUGCAGCUCUCCAUCCGCCUGCCCAGCGCCAACGUGUACGGAUUGGGGGAACAUGUGCACCAGCAGUAUCGGCACGACAUGAACUGGAAAACCUGGCCCAUCUUUGCCAGAGACACAACCCCCAAUGGGGAUGGAACGAACCUGUAUGGUGCACAGACAUUCUUCCUGUGCCUUGAAGAUGCGAGUGGUUUAUCAUUUGGAGUGUUUCUGAUGAACAGCAAUGCCAUGGAUGUUGUUCUCCAGCCUGCCCCUGCAGUCACCUACCGCACUAUUGGGGGCAUUCUCGACUUCUAUGUCUUCUUGGGAAACACUCCAGAGCAAGUUGUUCAAGAGUAUUUAGAGCUCAUUGGUCGGCCAGCCCUGCCAUCAUACUGGGCUCUUGGCUUUCAUUUGAGCCGAUAUGACUACGGAACGCUUGACAACAUGAAGGAAGUCGUGGAGAGAAACCGGGCCGCAAGGAUUCCCUAUGAUGUCCAGCAUGCCGAUAUUGACUACAUGGACCAGCGGAGGGACUUCACGUAUGACCCAAUUGCUUAUAAAGGCUUUCCUGAGUUUGUUAAAGAGUUACACAACAAUGGGCAGAAAGUGGUCAUCAUUGUGGACCCAGCCAUCUCCAAUAACUCUACUGCAAGCCACCCCUAUGGCCCCUAUAACAGGGGAUCAGUCAUGAAUAUAUGGGUGAACACUUCGGAUGGACUGACUCCACUUGUUGGGGAGGUCUGGCCAGGAAAAACUGUGUUUCCUGAUUAUACCAAUCCCAAGUGUGCUGCUUGGUGGGCAACAGAAUUUAAGCUUUUCUACACUCAAGUGGAGUUUGAUGGAAUAUGGAUUGAUAUGAAUGAAGUCGCCAACUUUGUUGAUGGCUCGGUUUCAGGAUGUUCCACCAACAAUCUGAAUUAUCCCCCUUUCACUCCCAGUGUCCUGGGUGGGUACCUGUUCUCCAAAACCCUCUGCAUGGAUGCUGUUCAGCACUGGGGCAAGCAGUAUGACGUCCACAACCUGUAUGGUUACUCCAUGGCAAUCUCCACAGCCGAUGCUGUCAAGACCGUAUUCCCUAACAAGAGAAGCUUCAUUAUCACCCGUUCUACCUUUGCGGGCUCUGGCAAGUUUGCGGCCCAUUGGCUAGGGGACAAUGAGGCCACCUGGAAUGACCUUCAGUGGUCCAUCCCUGGCAUGCUUGAGUUCAACCUUUUUGGUAUCCCAAUGGUGGGUCCUGACAUCUGUGGCUUUGCCAAGGACACUUCUGAGGAGCUCUGCAGAAGGUGGAUGCAGCUGGGAGCAUUCUAUCCAUUUUCCCGGAAUCACAACGGCCAAAACUACAAGGCUCAGGACCCGGCCUCCUUUGGAGCUGACUCCCUGCUGGUCAACUCCUCCAGGCACUACCUGAACAUCCGGUACACCCUGCUGCCCUACCUCUACACGCUCUUCUACCGAGCACACUCCCGUGGGGACACAGUGGCCCGGCCCCUGCUGCAUGAGUUCUACCAAGACAGCAACACAUGGGGUGUGCACCGGCAGUUUCUGUGGGGACCCGGCCUCCUCAUCACUCCUGUGUUGGAUCAGGGUGCAGGGAAAAUACAGGCCUACAUGCCCGAUGCUGUCUGGUAUGACUAUGAGACUGGGGCCUCAGUAAGCUGGAGGAAGGAACAAGUUUCAAUGGAAUUUCCGGGAGACAAAAUCGGACUCCACCUCCGAGGAGGCUACGUUUUCCCCACCCAGCAGCCCAACACCACCACCGAUGCCAGUCGACGAAACCCUCUGGGCCUUAUCAUUGCCUUAGAUGAGAACAAAGAAGCCAAAGGGGAACUUUUCUGGGAUGAUGGAGAAACCAAAGAUACGGUGGCCAAUAAUAUGUAUAUCUUCUGUGAGUUUUCUGUCUCUCAAGUUGCCGUUAUCACAGAGCUUGACCUUGUCCUGGGACAGGAGUACACGGUGGAGUGGGACCUGAACAUCAUAAGUGAUGCAGACAAAAUCGACUGCUACCCCGAUGAACAAGGUGCUUCUCCAGAGAACUGCAUGGCCCGUGGCUGUGUCUGGGAGGAAUCCGCUACUACCGGAGUGCCUUUUUGCUAUAUUAGCAACGAUCUGUAUUCUGUUAGUAAUAUUCAGUACAGUGCAGACGGGGCCACUGCUGACAUCUCCUUGAAGGAUUUUCCUCAUGCCAACGCUUUCCCUUCAACCCCCGUGGCCUCCCUCCGCCUGGCUGUCACCUACCACAAGAAUGACAUGCUGCAGUUUAAGAUCUAUGAUCCCAAUAACAAACGAUAUGAAGUCCCAGUGCCCCUUAACAAACCCGGGACACCGUCCAGUACCUCUGGGGGUCGACUCUAUGAAGUCAUGAUUAAGGAGAACCCCUUCGGGAUUCAAAUUCGCCGGAAGAGCACAGGCAACAUCAUCUGGGACUCUCAGGUUCUUGGCUUCACCUUCAAUGACAUGUUCAUCCGCAUCUCCACUCGUCUCCCCUCCCAGUACCUCUAUGGCUUUGGGGAAACUGAGCACAGAUUCUUCCAGAGACAGAUGAACUGGCACACGUGGGGCAUGUUCUCCCGGGACCAGCCCCCAGGGUACAAGAUGAACUCCUAUGGCGUGCACCCCUACUACAUGGCACUGGAGAGGAAUGGCAGUGCCCACGGUGUGCUCCUGCUCAACAGCAAUGCCAUGGAUGUGACAUUCCAGCCCAUGCCAGCCCUGACAUACCGCACCACAGGGGGAGUUCUGGACUUUUACGUGGUCUUGGGGCCAACUCCAGAGCUUGUCACUCAGCAGUACACUGAGUUGAUUGGCAGGCCUGUGAUGGUGCCUUAUUGGGCCUUGGGGUUUCAGCUGUGUCGCUAUGGAUACCAGAACGACUCGGAGAUUGCCAGCUUGUAUGACGAAAUGGUGGCUGCCCAGAUCCCCUAUGAUGUCCAGUACUCUGACAUUGACUACAUGGAGCGGCAGUUGGACUUCACUCUCAGCCCCAAAUUUGCUGGGUUUCCCGCACUGAUCACACGCAUGAAGAAAGAUGGCAUGCGGGUCAUUCUGAUUCUGGACCCAGCCAUUUCUGGCAAUGAGACAGAACCCUAUCCCGCGUUCACUCGGGGUGUGACAGAUGAUGUCUUCAUCAAGGAGCCCAAUGGUGGUGACAUUGUCUGGGGAAAGGUCUGGCCCGAUCUUCCUGGCAUUGUUAUCAACAGUUCUCUAGACUGGGAGAGCCAAGUAGAGCAAUAUCGAGCUUAUGUGGCCUUCCCAGACUUCUUCCGGAAUUCAACUGUCACGUGGUGGAAGACAGAAUUGAAAGAGAUGUACACCAACCCACAGAAUCAAGAUAAAAGUUUGAAGUUUGAUGGCAUAUGGAUUGACAUGAAUGAGCCCUCGAGCUUUGUGAAUGGAGCCGUCCCCCCAGGCUGCAAGGAUUCCACGCUGAACCACCCUCCAUACAUGCCGGUUCUGGAGUCCAGGGACAGGGGCCUGAGCAGCAAGACUCUGUGCAUGGAGAGUCAGCAGGUGCUGGCGGACGGUUCCCUGGUGCGGCACUACGAUGUACACAGCCUGUAUGGAUGGGCGCAGACCAGGCCCACCUACGAAGCUGUGCAGGAGGUGACAGGGGAGCGAGGCAUAGUCGUCACCCGCUCCACUUUCCCAUCUUCUGGCCGCUGGGGAGGACACUGGCUGGGAGACAACACAGCUGCAUGGGACCAGCUGAGGAAAUCCAUCAUUGGCAUGAUGGAGUUCAGUCUCUUUGGCAUAUCCUAUACGGGAGCAGAUAUCUGUGGCUUCUUUCAAGACGCGGAAUACGAGAUGUGUGUUCGCUGGAUGCAGCUGGGGGCCUUCUACCCCUACUCCAGGAAUCACAAUACCAUUGGGACCAGGAGACAAGACCCCGUGUCCUGGAAUACCACCUUUGAGGACAUCUCCAGGAGUGUCCUGCAGACCAGAUACACUCUACUGCCGUACCUCUACACUCUGAUGCACAAAGCCCACGCUGAAGGCAGCACUGUGGUCCGACCACUCCUCCAUGAGUUUGUGUCAGACCUGGCCACCUGGAAUAUAGACUCUCAGUUUCUGCUGGGCCCCGCCUUCCUUGUCAGUCCUGUCCUACAACCUUACAUUCAAAAUGUCAGUGCGUAUUUCCCUAGAGCUCGGUGGUACAAUUAUUACACGGGUGUGUCCUUUGAUGCCAUGGGAGAGUGGAAGACACUGCCAGCCCCUCUUGACCACAUCAACAUCCAUGUGCGUGGGGGCUACAUCCUACCCUGGCAGGAGCCUGCACAGAACACCCACUUGAGCCGCCAGAAGUUCAUGGGCUUCAAGGUUGCAUUGGAUGAGAAUGGCGCAGCCGAGGGCUGCCUCUUCUGGGAUGAUGGUCAGAGCAUCGACACCUAUGAAAAAGGACAUUAUUACUUGGCCAACUUUUCUGUCAGCCAGGUGGAUAUUCACUAG